AUGGAUGUACUCAAUAAAUUUCGAUCUACAGUUACAAGUACUAUGUCACAACUGUCUACAGUACUACCUGGCAAUCCAGUUACAAGGGAGUAUGAAGCAACUAAACAUAUUGCAAGUGCUGGUGUUGGACUGCUUUGGAAAAUAUACAGUGGUUAUAAAAAGUCAACACAGCAAUCUGCAUCCAUUUUUGUAUUAGAAAAGAGACAAUUAGAUAAAUGGUCAAGAACAGAACGAGAACACAUAAUAGAAGUUGUCAAAAAAGGUGUAGCCCAAUUAGCCAGGCUUAAACAUCCUCAAGUAUUAACUGUUCAACAUACUUUAGAAGAAUCUAGAGAAAGUUUGGCAUUUGCUACAGAACCUGUGUUUUGCAGUUUGGCUAAUGUCCUCGGUAAGUUGGAAAACACACCUCAACCAUUGUCCAAAAGUUUACAAGAUUACAAUCUAUUUGAUAUUGAUAUCAAGUAUGGCCUAAUGCAACUUGGUCAAGGUCUAGCAUUUUUACACAAUGAUGCUAAGCUGCUCCAUCACAACUUGUGUCCAGAAAAUGUUGUGAUUAAUGAACAAGGAGCAUGGAAAAUAUUUGGAUUUGAUUUCUGUUCUCAAAGCAUCAAUCCAGUAGAUCCAAAUCCUACAUGGCCUAGCUGGGAGUAUAAGGUAGAUGUGCAUCCUUGGGCACAACCAACUUUAGAUUAUUUAGCGCCUGAAUCAGGUUGUGAUCAUAUCCAAAUUAAAGCCAAUGACAUGUAUUCUUUGGGAGUAUUAAUUUUUGCCAUAUAUAAUAAAGGAAAUGCACCAUUACAGUCAAAUCAUGAAUGGUCUACUUAUAAACGCAAUUUACAAGAAAUAAAAUAUAAUACACCAAAGAUAUCAACUGUUGAUGCUGCUCUCCGAGAUCCAGUAAGAUUAUUAUUAAGUUUUAGACCUGAAGAUAGACCUGACGAGCAUGAAUUUUUAAAAAUUGAAUAUUUUAAUGAUGUUGGCGUUAAAACUUUAAAUUAUUUGGAUUCACUUUUUCAAUGGGAUAAUUUACAGAAAUCCCAAUUUUACAAAGGCUUACCUCAAAUAAUGGAAAAAUUACCCCACAGAAUUUGUUUAAAAAGGAUUCUCCCAUGUCUUGUAAAAGAUUGUGUUAAUCCUGUUAUGAUACCCUUUGUUUUGCCAAAUAUUUUUUAUGUCUGUGAAAAUUGUACUAAAGAUGAGUUUGUUAACCAUAUUUUACCAUGCUUAAAGCCUAUAAUGAAAGUGCAUGAACCAGUUCAAGUUCCUUUCAUAUUCCUUCAAAAAAUGGAAUUAUUAUUAAAAUUAGCACCACUAGAAGAUCUCAAAUCUGAUAUUUUACCAAUGUUAUAUAAAACAUUGGAAUUGGAUUCAAAACCAGUUCAAGAAACUUGUCUAUCAGUGAUUCCAUCAUUGGCUACUCUUGUAGAAGGCCCUUCCAUGAAAAAUGCUUUAUUACCUAGAAUUAAAAGAUUAUGUUUGUCAACUUCUGAUCUUUCAGUUCGUGUAAAAUGUCUUGUUUGCAUUGGUAAAUUAAUUGAAUAUUUGGAUAGAUGGCUAGUACUUGAUGAUAUUAUUCCAUUUUUACCUCAAAUACCUUCCAAGGACCCAGCUGUGAUUAUGGGCAUCUUAGGUGUAUAUAGGAUUAUACUUUCUCAUAAAAAAAUGUACAUUACAAAAGAAACUAUGGCUCUCAGUAUUUUACCUUUUUUAAUACCAAUGUGUAUUGAGAAUACACUAACGCUAAAUCAAUUCAAUGUUUUAAUAUCAAUUGUGAAAGAAAUGAUUAAUAGUGUUGAAACUGAACAUCGAGCUAAAUUACAACAAUUAAAUGAACAGCAUAGAUCAAUUUCAAAUAGUUUAACUUUAGAAAAUGGAACAACUACAAAGUCAAAUGGUUUAACUAAUGAAUUUCAAUUUGAAAGUUAUGUUGAAAAACCUUCAAUACAAAUACCUGGUUCUAAUGAAAUAACAAAUAAUUUAUCUUUCAACUAUGAAAAAUCAAAGACAAAACAAUCUCAAGAUACAUCAUUCCAUACUUUUCAACAAGAUUUUACCCUUACUCCAAGUGUAGAAAAAAGCACCAAGAAUAAUCCAGUACCCAAGGAUCUCACAUCAUCUCUGAUUGAUUCAAAUAUAAAUCAAAUAAGUUGGUCAAAUCAGAUGAAACCUACCACAAGUUCACUAUCUCAAUCAAAAUCAAUGGGAUUUGAAAAUAAAUCAAUAAGUCCUCAAAGUAGGCUUUCAGGAUUUUCAAACAAUUUAGUUAAUCCACAAACUAAACCUAUGUCCCUUCAUAAUUCAGCAAAUAACUGGAAUGAUUUAUGGAUAAAACAAGAAGAAAGUCAGCCACAAGUUAAACAGUUGUCUAUAUCGGAUAUAAAUGAUUUAUUGAGCUGAAAAAUUACUUAAUUCACUAACCAGUAAUUGCUACCUAACUUAUUUAUUAACUUUAUUCGUGUAUUUUAUAUUUUAAACUUUAGUCAUUAUAUUUAUUUUUGGGAAUGAGUUCAUUAAUUCCUUGAUUCUUAAUUUUAUUGUCAUUCAUGUUUAAACCGGAUUACAUUUCCAUCAAAUCUUAAUUUACUAUUCAUCAAUUCAAAAUAAUUAAUUUUAUUAAAAUUAAUAACUAAUAUUUAUUUGGUUGUGUGCAUUCAAAACCAAAACUUAGCAUAUAAAAAUCUAAAAUGUUUAAUAGUAUUAUUUUAAAUUAAAACAAAACACUAGAAAG